AUGCCGCCAGUGAAGAGUAAAGCGACGCAAACAACGUCAAGGAAGCGCAGAGAAAGUUUGGGAGCCCCAGCGAGAGGGAGAGGGCAACCGAAGCGGUGCAGACAAAGUACCACUUCACCACCACGCCGGGCCCCGGCCGAGUCGUUAGUCGGAAGCCUUCCAAAAGCUCCCCCUCCACCAUCUGUGGAAGUUCACCCAUCUUCGCUCACGUUAUCACCACCAACACCAAACACAAGCACCCCUGGAAGCGGUGCAAGUACAGACAUGCAUGCAGCAAGUGCGGAGAUAAACACCAAGUCACCCCGUGAGUCUUUAAACCUCCCUAGCCUCAAGGCUAAUAUAGUAGUGGCUGAAAUGAAAAUUCAGAAAGAAGUAGCAUUAAAACGAGUCGCAGGCCCUUUUGUUCACCCACCAUUUCCAAACCUUCAGGUUUCCCCUUUAGGCUUUGUGCCUAAAAAAGAUGGUGACAUGCGACUUAUACGUCUCUCUUACCCAGAAAACAUGUCCAUUAAUGAUUUUAUUGACCCUGGAGCUUGUUCAGUACAUUAUAGCAACAUAGAUCAAGCGACAGAAAUGAUAGCUAAAGUGGGGAAAGGGGCAUAUUUAGCAAAGACUGACAUUAAGUCAGCAUUUAGGCUGCUCCCAGUAUCUCCGGGCGAUUUUGACCUGCUUGGGUUCAGAUUUCAGGAAAAUACUACUUUGAUAAAAUGUUACCUUUUGGGUCUUCAAUUAGCUGCUCAUUAUUUGACAAAUAUUGGUGUGCCAAUUGCUCAUGACAAAAAAGUGGAACCUACACAGGUCCUAACGUUCUUAGGAAUAGAGUUGGACACUGUCAAUAUGACAAUGAAACUUUCCUUGGAAAAAUUAAAUCAGCUUCAUGGUAUAAUACAAUAUUUCUUGAAAGCAAAGAAGGCCUCCUUGAGAGAAAUGCAGUCACUUAUUGGCUUAUUAAACUUCGCUUGCAAGGUUGUUGCCUCUGGCCGGGCUUUCUGUCGCCGCCUUAUAAAUUCAACCAUAGGCAUUACGAAACAGCAUCACAGAAUUAGGCCCUGGAUACACAACAACGCAAUUCAACUAUUUACAGACAGCUCCGGGGGACCUUAUGGGGGAUUUGGCAUUUAUUUUAGGGGCAAAUGGGCUUAUGGGCCCUGGCCAAACUCUUGCGCCGAACAAGGUAUUACCAGGGACAUGGCUUUCUUGGAACUUUUUCCGGUUGUGGUCGCUAUUACAUUAUGGCAGAGCCACUUUGCCAAUUCUAUGCUUGUUUUCCACAUCGACAAUAUGUCAGUUGUCCACAUCAUCAACAACUCAACUUCCAAAUCGGAUAGGGUUAUGAAUCAUGUCCGCAAGCUCGUGUUAAUAUACCUAAAAUCAAAUGUCUGUAUUAAGGCCUUAUACAUCCCCACAAAGCAAACUUUCAUUGCCGACCCCUUAUCUCGAUUUCAGUGGGGCAGAUUCAGGCGACUGGCACCGCAGGCGGACCUAUGA